AUGGCCGAGACUGGCAUUGAUGGUUGGCUUCGUUACAAGCCGUUGCCAUCUGAUGUCGUCGACAACUUCAGGCCUCCUAAGAGCAUCAUCACGCUCAAUGGAAGCAAAUCUAGUCCCGUCUACACUGCUGGCACCGAGUUACAAGACGCCUUCGCGUGUAUCUUUGAAGAGCAGAUCCCGCGUACAUUCAAGGGCUGUAACCACCAGAACUCCAUCAUCGUGGGCACUCUUGACGCCUAUCAUGAUGCGUGCGGCACAGCACAUCUCCCCGCUGCUCUUGAGGAAGAUGGGUUCUGGCUGAGUGUCAAAGGUGCAUCCGUCAAGAUCGUCGGUCAGAACGAGAGGGGUGCACUCUAUGGCGCCUGUGAAUACGCAUCCAUGCUUUCCCAAGGCAACUUCUCUGAAAUUUCCUAUGUCUCCAAUCCGACCAACGCUAUCCGAUGGGGAUAA